CUAAAACAUCGUAACUAUAUAUGUAUGUAUAAAGAGUUCAUGCCCAUCCCUCCAUAUUUAAGCCUCAAACUCAUGAAUAGUCUCCCAUAAUUCAUUCACAAAUUGAAGAGAAAAAUCCACUGUCUAUACACAUUUAUUACACAAGCAACAAACAUCAUCUUCUUCAAACUUUCCAUCCCCCAAAUCAGAGACCAUGCCUAAAUUGCUGGGAGAAUUUCUGCAGGAGCAACAAGAGCCAUUCGCUCUCGAAGUUUACCUUCUUGAACGAGGCUUUGCGCGUUGCAGCCUGAAGGAGAGACGGCGGCAAGCCAUCCCAAACUGCUCGGACGUAGUCAAAGCAGUUUUCAGCAGAAUUCUGCGGCAUAACAAUAGAAAGAAAAUCAAGAAUCCCAGAAAAAAUAAUGAAGAUGAGUUCUCUUCCACAACUUUCUACAGUUCUUGCUCAGAUUUGGAAGAUGAGAGAUCAGUUGAAGAAGAUUGUGAUAAACAGCUCAGCCCAAUCUCAGUUCUUGAAGAAACAGAAUCCAAAGCCUCACCACUUCACCAGAGGCAAUACAAAUUCAAAAAAACAAAAGGGAAUUCAUCAAAGUCGAUUUCUCAACGCAAAUUAAAGCAUAAAACUGCCCCAAAAUCUCAAGAAUGCAAGGAACAUUCUCAUGAUCAUCACUACAGCAUAAACAAGAGGGCACUCCAGCAAUCGAAGAAGCUUCUAGUCGACUGCGUGAGAGAAGUGAUCGAGAACGAGAGGAGGCACGAUAACGAAGGGGGAGGCGGGAAGCAGCUGAAGAAGAUCUUGGGAGCUGAGGAGCUUUGGAAGGCUGUGUGUGAGAAUGUGUGGCAAUGGAGCCAAGAAUCAAUACAUGAACACAACAUAUCUCAUGUUGUGAAAUGUGAUUUCAUGGCUUCUUUGGGAGAGUGGGGUUUUGAUUCUCAACAACACAAAGAUGAGGUUUCCAUAGAGAUUGGAGAAGCUAUUUUGGAAGAUAUUAUUAAUGAGAUUGUCACAUGCUAGUGAAAUGGUUAUUGUGUUAACCAACUUUUGUACUAGGUUAGUAGAUAUAGUAAGACAAAAAAACUAGUACAUGACCUGUUGGAAAGCAACAGAGUCAGCUGUACAUAACAUAUAGUAUGAAUUAAGUUUAAUAUACAAAA